CAAGUCAUCAAAGACAUAUUCCAUCAUAAGGCCUACUGGCAACAGCAAGCGCUCGUACUCUUCACAGGAUCAGAGAUAGCCAAGCCUUGCAUCAAUCAUGCUCGCCAAAGCCGGCCUCCUCAUCGCAGUCGCAUGCAAUGCAUGGGCAUCGCCGUACGUCGUCACAAACCCAAAAGAUCUAAAGAACGACUGGCACAGCAAUGACUACACCGGAACCCGCGGCAAGGACCAGAUGAUCCAUUGGCAGUUCACUCUCGAAGGCCACAACGCUGUCCCUGAUCCAGGCGACUUUUCAACCUUCUGCAAAGGCGUGCAGAACGGGGAGCUGUGCGGCGAACCUUGCACCAAGCCCGGGGCCUUUGUGAAAUGCAAAAACGAAGCAUACGAGGCGCGUCAGUGGUUCAACGAUUAUGGCACUACUGUUGAAGUGCGUCGCACUACGUUCCCUGAUGCUGGGAAGAAGGUCAUUACCAGUGCCAUGGCCAACAUCACUGAGCAAGACGUGGUUGGCACGGUGCAUUACAAGCUGAAGUUUGGGGGUUUCCAGAAGCAAUUCAUUGACAUAUUCAAUCCUCCGUCGACAAAGAUUUAGGUAUAACAUAUUUUAAAUUCCUAUAGCCUACUAUUGUAGCCAAUUAUCUUCAC